AUGUAUCGGGAAGCGGCGAUGUGUAGUAUUGAACAAAUUGCCAUAGAGAUUGCAAAACGUUGUCCGGGUGUAAUAGUUAGUCAAGAUUUAAUAAAACGACAAGUGGAACAUUAUAAGAUCGGUGACUGUUCUCUUUUAGAAUUGGAUCAUAGGGGUAAACCCAUGCUACAAUGGUCACGAUAAUACUAGCAUUUGUUUUUUCGUUAUAGUUCAGAUGAAAUAAAAGACGCUAUUGUUGUGCACACACCCUGUGAUACAGUUCUUGAUGACGAACCGCUCGCAGUAUUACAGACCAUAGCUAGCGAUUAUAAGUUUUUCGAUUUCUAUCUACGUGUGGGGCGAGAGCAGCGGAUACAGUUAGCGGGCGGUCGGUUAUGGCCGACAGUAAUUGUAGACGGUGUUAUGAAAACCAUACCUAGUUUUUACAUUUAUCUUAUAGCUGUGAACAAGUGUGAGAAUGGCGAUAGAUAUAUAACGAUUGGUGUCGUACAUUGGUUGUUUGGGAUUUAUGCCGAAUUGGACAUCGAUUAUCGGAUUUAUCCCGAAGCGUUUAAACAACAACACCGCACACUGUUACACCUAUAUAUUUACCGACGGUGA